CGGGAGGAACAAGAAGUGAUAAACCCGCCGUCGCCCCGGUUUUUGUUUUCUCCACGACUCGUCUCCCGUCAACGCCACACCCACCCCACAGCCAAGAAGCUCGACAAGCUCCCCGUCAGCUCCGCCAUCAUGUCUACCCAUGAUGCCGACAAGGUCAACAUCGAGAAGAGCGAGCUGGCCACUGAGGAGCAGUAUCACGACCAUAGCCGGGAGGAGAAAAUGGACAUCAACAACAACAUCACCGCCAAGAUCCAGAACCCCCUUGCCCACCUGAGCGUCGAGGAGGUUGUGUACCAGGUCAAGGAGUUCGCCGAGGCCAACGGCUUCGUCGAGGAGGUCGACUUGCUCAUCAAGGGCGCCCUCGUCGCCAAGGACCCGCCCGCCUUCGAGUCCGUCCCCGGCAUCACCGAGGAGGAGAAGCACGCGAUCCGCAAUGAGGUCUUGCACAAGUGGCGCCAGCCGCGUCUGCUCUACUUCACCAUUAUCCUGUGCUCCAUUGGCGCCGCCGUCCAGGGAUGGGAUCAAACUGGUUCCAACGGUGCCAAUCUGAGUUUUCCCGAUGCGCUUGGUAUCCCAGUCGGGGACUAUUUAGACAAAGCAAACACAAUCCCCAACCCGAAUGCCUCACGAAACCAGUGGCUGCAGGGUCUGAUCAACGCCGGUCCCUACAUCGCCUCUGCCUUCAUUGGAUGCUGGUGCUCUGAUCCCUUGAACAAAUACUUCGGCCGCCGCGGCUGCAUCUUCAUCUCUGCCGUCUUCUGUGCCCUUUCUCCUGUUGGUGGCGCCGUGGCCCAGACAUGGCCUCAACUCCUAGUCACUCGUCUACUUCUCGGAAUUGGCAUGGGCUGCAAAGGCUCCACUAUCCCCAUCUUCAGCGCUGAGAACUCGCCUGCCUCCAUCCGUGGCGCCCUCGUCAUGUCGUGGCAGAUGUGGACUGCCUUCGGUAUCUUCCUCGGCACCUGCGCCAACUUGGCCGUCAAGGAUACCGGCAAGAUCUCCUGGCGUCUACAAUUGGGAUCUGCUAUGCUUCCAGCGAUUCCCCUUCUAAUCGGCAUUUACUUUUGCCCUGAAUCUCCCCGUUGGUACAUCAAGAAUGGCAGGUACAAGAAUGCUUACCGCUCGCUGGUCAAGCUCCGCAACGACAAGCUCCAGGCUGCUCGUGAUCUUUACUACAUCCACGCCCAGCUAGCCAUGGAAGCGUCCUUGAUCGAGAAGCCAACCAACUAUGUUACUCGCUUCAUCCAGCUCUUUACCAUCCCGCGUGUGCGUCGUGCGACCUUGGCCUCCUUCACCGUCAUGUUGGCCCAGCAGCUUUGCGGUAUCAAUAUCAUCGCCUUCUACUCGUCCACCGUCUUCGAGAAUGCCGGCGCCGGCGUCACCGAGUCUCUCCUCGCCUCCUGGGGCUUCGGUCUGGUCAACUUCGUCUUCGCGUGGCCCGCCAUCUGGACGAUUGACACCUUCGGCCGCCGCUCAUUGCUCCUCUUCACGUUCCCGCAGAUGUGCUGGACCCUGCUCGCCGCCGGUCUGUGCUUCCUGAUCCCAUCCUCGAGCAAGGCCCAUCUCGGCCUCGUCGCACUGUUCAUCUACCUCUUCGCAGCCUUCUACUCUCCUGGCGAGGGUCCUGUCCCCUUCACUUACUCCGCCGAGGUCUUCCCCCUCUCCCAUCGCGAAGUCGGCAUGUCCUGGGCCGUCGCCACCUGCCUCUUCUGGGCCGCCGUUCUCUCCAUCACCUUCCCGCGCAUGCUCGCCGCCAUGACGCCCACCGGCGCCUUCGGCUUCUAUGCCUUCCUUAACAUCGUCGCUUUCGUGAUGAUCUUCCUCUUUGUCCCCGAGACGAAACAGCGCACGCUUGAGGAAUUGGACUACAUCUUCGCGAUCCCUACUAGGCGCUUCAUGAGCCACCAGUGCGGCACUGUGCUGCCGUGGUGGGUCAAGCGCUACGUCCUCCGCCGCAAAACCGGUCCCUGCCCCGCGCUCUGGAGCUUCGACGGACAUCUGGCUGGGGGCGACAAGGACUUUGAGGAGGCGGUCAGGCGCGCAAGUGUUGCUGCCGGCGAGGAGCCGCCGCGGAGGAAGAGCAUAGUGCGGAAGGUCACUGGUUAAGUUCUUGAUACAGGAUAUCUCGAAGCUUUGGGAAUGUUGCCGUGCGAUGUGGUCGAUAUGAUAUCAUUGGGAAUCUCGCUCUGCAUUCUCCGAGGAUGGGAUAGGAUACCCCUAGACGUGGUGCUAGGGUGGAU